UGUAAUCCGCAGCCACCGUUUGCCCCUUUGCUUUCCCGUCAUGCAGGAAUGUGUGUCGCUCGCUGCUCCCGCUUUGUGGGCGUGUCCCUGGUUCCCCUGGCAGUGCUGUGUAUUCUUGGCAACAUCUUGCUGCUGCUCCCUGACCUGCAGACACGCUACCUGUUGGAGGGUCACGUGACCCGUGAAGCAACCUGGGGUAGUGGACUGUGGGCAUCUGGCUUCUUGGUUCUCCUGGCGGCCAGAAGCUUCAUCUCCGGAAGCUUCAUGAAGGGCUGCUGUGGCUUCAGGAUGGAGAUGCUGUGGCUGGUGGGCUACUCGUGUAUCGCCAUGGUGGCUGCGGGGAUCUGCUUCGUGACCAGCAGCACUGGACUAGUCAACGGUCCGCUGUGUCUUCACAACAGCACUGAGGGACCAGUGUGGGAUGAGCCACCGCAGUGGCAGAGGGGCAGGUUCCUGUAUGAGCAGGUGAGCUGGCCAUCGGUCUGUCAAGAGCCACGGGGGGUCGUGCUGUGGAACGUGGUGCUUUUCUCCAUCCUCAUGGCAGCAAGUGCCAUUCAGGUGCUGCUUUGCAUUGUUCACACACUCAAUGCCAUUCUGGGCAUGCUCUGCGGAAACUCCUUUGGAAGAAACAAGGUGCGUGUGUGUGUGUGUGCGUUUGUGCGCGUUUGUGCUUUCAUACUGGUUGAAGGUGAGCCCAGCGUGACACAGGAAAUGAAAGAGAAGGACUAUGAAAUCGGACAGAACACCGCACACGCACACGCACGUCACACACCUGUCAUCAAGGACGUCCCUCCAUCCUCUGCCGGGUCCCUCCACAGGAACUGGGCUAACGACACUCAAUAA